GUGAUUUCUGAUUUUGACAUGACCUUGAGCAGAUUUGCCUACAAUGGACAGCGGUGCCCCUCUUCCCACAAUAUUCUGGAUAACAGCAAAAUCAUCAGUGAGGACUGUCGAAAAGAGGGAGGAACAGAUAUGGAGAACAUUCUGACUCAGGGCGCUCUUUCACCACUAUUACCCCAUUGAGAUUGACCCACAGCGGACCAUCAGAGAGAAGUUGCCGCACAUGGUACAGUGGUAAGUGACGCUGACCAGGAAGAGCUCCUGUCACUGAAGACGGAGCGGGCCGGGAUGGCUGUGUCCUUCCGGAGCUUCAGUGAGCUUGCACGCCUCCUUCCUGAGGGCCGUGCCGCUGGCCCAGCUCUGAGAACGAACAUCCACAGGCUCUCUGCUGCUGCGGGAGUGGAAAACCUCAGGGACUUCUUGGAGUGGACCAAAGCCCACAAUCUGCUGUGCCAGCAGAAGAUCCAGAAAUCCCAGAUAGCGCAGGUGGUUGGGGAGUCCACUGCGAUGCUCAGGGAGGGCUAUAAGACAUUCUUCGACACGCUCUACCACAACAACAUUCCUCUCUUCAUCUUCUCGGCGGGCAUCGGUGAUAUCCUGGAAGAAAUUAUCCGGCAGAUGAAAGUGUUCCACCCCAACAUCCACAUUGUCUCCAACUACAUGGAUUUCAGUGAGGAUGGUUUCCUGCAAGGAUUCAAGGGCCAGCUCAUUCACACCUACAACAAGAACAGCUCCGUGUGUGAGAACUCCGGCUACUUCCAGCAGCUUCGGGAUAAAACCAACGUCCUCCUGCUCGGAGACUCCAUAGGGGACCUCACCAUGGCGGACGGGGUCCCCGGGGUGCAGAACAUUCUCAAGAUUGGCUUUCUAAAUGACAAGGUGGAGGAACGGCGGGAGCGUUACCUGGAUUCCUAUGACAUCGUGUUGGAGAAGGACGAGACGCUGGAUGUGGUCAAUGGGCUCCUGCAGCACAUCCUGCACCAGGGUCGCUGCGUGGAGCUCCAGGGCUCCUAAGCGUGCAGGCUCCCCGGUGAUGAGGAAGACCGCCCCUGAAGCCUCCUCUGUGGGCACAGAGAUAAGUCCAGGGCAAACGAGCUGCUGGCCCCCUCACCCCGACUCCGUCCGCAUGCCUUUGCCUUCCUCCUGCUCUGAAGAGGCUUGAGGGAGGUCCCACCUGUGGGAAGGCAACGAGCCUGCUUCCAAGUGAACCGUGGACUGCUUCUGUGGAUCCCCUGGUCCAAGGAUUCUGUCUAAGAAAGUUUUCAGAGCUGGGAAUACAGAUAGCGCAGUGGUAAAGCACCUGCCGAGCAUGUGGAGAGGGCCCUGGGAUCUGUCCCCAGCACUGUAUUAAAAAAAAAAAAAAAGUAAAGCCAUACACUGGAUAGA